UCUUCGUUGUCAUAACUAAGUCUCAGUUAUUAUUUUUUCAACACCCCCAUUCAUUCUGGUCCCUAGCCAUAGAUAUCCAUCCAUUUUUUUAUUUAUUAGAUCUCUCUCCCCAAUACACACGUUAUUAUUAUUAUUUAUUACCGGUCCUCUUUGGCUCACAAAAAAUCUGAAGAACCCAUCAAGAAAGAAAGAUGUUUCUUUUAGAUUGGUUUUAUGGGGUUCUUGCAUCUCUUGGUUUAUGGCAAAAGGAGGCCAAGAUUCUUUUCUUGGGUCUUGACAAUGCUGGCAAGACAACCCUUCUUCACAUGUUAAAAGACGAGAGAUUGGUACAGCAUCAACCCACCCAGCAUCCAACAUCAGAGGAAUUGAGUAUUGGAAAAAUCAAGUUCAAGGCUUUUGAUCUGGGUGGUCACCAAAUCGCCCGUCGUGUUUGGAAGGAUUACUACGCCAAGGUGGAUGCGGUGGUAUACCUAGUGGAUGCCUAUGACAAGGUUAGGUUUGCUGAGUCAAAGAAGGAACUGGAUGCCCUACUUUCAGAUGAAUCCUUGGCUAAUGUUCCAUUUCUGAUCUUAGGCAACAAGAUUGACAUUCCCUAUGCAGCUUCAGAAGAUGAGCUUCGUUAUGAUCUUGGGCUCAACAAUUUCACUACUGGCAAGGGGAAGGUGAAUCUUGUGGACUCCAAUGUCCGUCCUCUCGAGGUUUUCAUGUGCAGUAUUGUCCGCAAGAUGGGAUAUGGCGAUGGCUUCAAGUGGAUGUCUCAAUACAUCAAGUAGAAUCGGGAGUAACAUAUGGCCUUGUACUCAUUUGGAGUUUUUCCAUCAUUUUUUGCACCAUCUUACUACAAGUACAUCGAAUAUGGAAUUUUGUUGUCUGUAGUGGUUUUAUUUGUCGAAGGAUUAACAACUGUAGUAACAUUUGAUUGACAACUCAGCCAUUGUGAAAUUGAAGCUUAUCGAACAAUAUUGCACCUA